AUGGGCACAAAGCCAGAGGAAGUCGUUCACUCUAGGAGUAGUUUGGGCAAAUCCACUUCCAGUCACUCGAUUGGAGUCUUUGCUGAGAGUCUUGAUGAGCAGCCAUAUGGGGGUAUCGUGAGUGCGGAGCCUGGGGAGUACGAAUUCAGUGCCAUUCCGAAGAGAUGGCAUAGCAUUCGCCUAUUUCCGCGAAAGCCUUCUCCGUGCGCCCGGAAGACAAGAUCGCAAGGGAAAGUUCCAUGCCCUCUACUUAGGCAACCCGAAUCCGCGUACCCCCUUUCACACGCAAUAAGGACAAAGGCGAGUCCUCCCAUUACUGGAAGCGGCUCAAAGCCUAUCCCUUUCGCUCCUCAACCUCAAUGUCACAAGGAAUUGAGUUGCGAUCCGCUUCUUCCGUUAAUUCCUCUUCUCUCCGCACCUCCUCUAGAUAAUGGUUGGUUCAACUCCGUCGAAGUCAGGCAUCUUGUCAACUCUCCGGCACCGGCAGGAGUCUUACCCGCUGAUACUCUUAUUCGAGAGAUGGAAUUGGGAAUCUGUUUCGAGACUUCGUCAUUGAGAGCAACUAACUGCCAUUAUUCCGAGGCUUAUAGAGACCCGGUUCCCCGUAAAGCAUUGUUCCCUGGGCAAGACUCACCAGUAGGGUGA